CCAUAAUUCCUCGAACAGUCAGUGCUCGUUGUGGCCACUAAUAUUCAGCCUCCAUCAUCCACUCAGUGUGAUAUAGUUUUUAAUUGGAAUUUUAUUCUCCACAUUCAAGGUCAUCUGGCUCGACUGUAAACCGCUCGACAUCCGCACAAACCCAUAAGCAAGGUGAGACCAAACACCUUCCUGCCACUUUGGAAGUCAUUCUGAGCACGUAGAUGUGGACCAUUGGGCCAGUAAAUCGGCGCCCUAUUUUCUGAUUUCUCACGAAUUGCAAAGCGUAUGGCCGCUUCCCAAACCAGCGUUGAUCCGGUUGCUGCUGCCGUAUCCAGUUGGUCACAAACCUUAUCAACAAACCAGGUUAAUACCUCCACCCAACUCAACGUGACAAACGCGAACUCGAACAAUUUCAUAAACACUGUCUCUCUUACUCCUCUAAGUGCUUUCGAUCCGAACAGUAGAACGGGUGGUGUGAUCACGAACGUACUUUUCUCACAAGCAUGCCUGAUGCCAAAACUCGAAGCCGAGAGCAAUAUCGGUUCGUUUCUGACCCAAUCGUCGGGACCUACCAUACUGCAACCACACACUGUCCCCAUUCUAGACGCGGCUCAAACGCUACAGACCGUGUCAAACCAAGGCCUGAGCAACCUCUUGAGCAGUCUUGCAUCAAAUCUAUCUGCUGCCACAACACCAGCCAUUCCUGUUGGUAAGACCUCCAACGCUCAGCUGUUACAACUUCUGCGAAGCGUCGGGUCAUUGCCGGCAAAUUCCGCACCUGCACCUGUCUCUUCCACCGCAAACGAGUUGACCUUGACGUCGGUUGUUCCACAUAAUGCACAUACAGACGGUACUGGUCCUACUCUGCGGAGCCCCACAGCCGUCAACCCAACCAAUGACCGAAAUCCAACCUCUGGCAAUCUGGCAACCGAUGUUUCUGUGGUAAAUAAUUUACCUUCCGGUGGAAACACCGUGUCUGCGACUGUCCAAGAUUUGACCGCAUUGCUUGCCCAGUCGGGGUCGAGUAUGAACGAUUUCCUGUACUGUUUACUUCAAUCUGCUUUACUCAAUCAUGUGCGACCAGAGUCGAAGAAGGAUACAUUUUCCCUGGAUUCUAACACGCUAAUAUCCCUUCUGUCUGGUGCACCAUUGUCCCAAUUGCGUCCCACUUCGAUGAGCAAUGGAACAAGCGGCCUGGAUCUACUCACAACCGGUUUGGACAGUCUGAGUGGCAACAACAACAACAACAACAACAACAACAACAACAGCGGCAGCACAGGCAGCGGCAAUACCAGCACCAACAAUGCCUUGCCCACAGUUUACUUGAGACAAGCUUUGGAAACGCUAGUCCCUCAGAAUAGCACUGUAUCAAACGAGCAAGAUUCGACCGCCGCCAAUGUGGCUGCGCUGGCGGCAAGUUCAAAUGUUCGUGGUCAAUUGUUAGAAAAUUUGAAUAUGGUCUCGGCCUACCAGCAGUUGUCCCGGCUGAACAAUAGCAGCGGUAACAACAUCCGCAAACUACCGAUUCCGUUUGCAAACUGUGCCGGUAUUCCAGUAACCAUGAUACCGGUGAGCAGUGAUUCAUCGUCGCAAGCGGCCACACUGAAUUUGGAGGCGUUGGCACAACUAUCAAGCUCCACAGCCACCACCACGAACAACUCGACCGGCACAACCACAGGCAGUUUAUCGACCGAGUUGAUUUCACAACUUUUGAGUCAGAAUUCCGCGUCAGAUAAUACAACUACCUCGGUCCCGUCUUCCGAUGACAGUCUAUCCAUGGCGCUUCAGAGCUUGCUAAUCAAGCAAUUGUUGGAUGCGACAUCCAGUUCUGCAGUUCAACAAAAACAAUUUACCAUAUCUGGUUCUUCAAAUGACCCAUCCACUGGAUCCGUGUUACCUACCAGUUUUUCAGACUGUCGAAUAAUCUGCGGCCCCAAUCAGUUUCGUUCUGAGACUCUAUCUCAAACGCUCAAUCCAAGUGUGUCGACCAUCAUCCCAGCUGUAUCCAAUACGGUUUCCACGCGCUCCACAUUUGCUCGUCCAUCUAGAAUAUCUCCAUCACCCAUGAGCGCUAACUCAACUACCAUCUCUCAAACUCCUAAUAUUUCUGUGUCUUUUGGUACUUGCUCAACGCCGUCUUCGACGCCCUGUAUCCUUCUGUCGAACGAGGUCACCACUUCGAACGAGCACUCACGGUCGCCGAAUACCUCACUAACUACAUCGAAUAGCUCUAACAAGCUAGAGGGGAUGACCGGUAAGACAGAUGCUGUGGCAAGCGUGGCCGGCGAAGGACAUUCUUGGGAACCUUGUCGAGUAUGCGGUGAUAAGGCCUCAGGUCGACACUAUGGAGUUGUCUCCUGUGAGGGUUGCAAGGGUUUUUUCAAACGUUCCAUUCGUGGACAUGUCAGCUAUGUGUGUAGGAGUGAUCAAAAUUGCCUGGUGAAUAAGGCCUACCGUAAUCGAUGCCAGUAUUGUCGCCUACAGAAGUGUCUUCUUGUGGGUAUGCGUUCCGAGGCGGUACAGAAUGAACGUCGACCGUCCACCGCCUACGAAUUCGGUGGCGGGGGACCAAGUUCCCCGAACAUGUCGGUAAUGGAUACACCCAGUCGAACUCGACUGUUAUUACCUCGACCUUCCUCUGAGUCUUCACAGUUACAGACUCAAGCUAUCAAGCUGGAACCGUCGAUGGACGGAGAGGGUGGGGAAUUUUUGAGCCAUCCGUCCGAGUUGAAUAAUCCGAGAUCGGCGUCGGACGAUAGCCAGACGUACGAGAACUCGCCUGUAGGGUCAUCGCAUACGAACGGGUCACAUACCGCUCCUCAUAUGUAUUCAGGCGAGCCUCAACCGCACGUAGAUGACCAGUUCCACCAAUCCACACCUGCAGUGAGUGUGAUGAAUCCCCUGACUUUCAGCACAAACAAUGAUGCUACAGGCCUAACUCAUCUGGUGACGUUGACUUCCCCGCAGAUGAGCACAACCCAACCCCUCCUUACAUUUUCUGCCGACCAGUUCCCGUCCAUUUCCUUCACCCCUUCCUCGUUGGAUGGCACCCAAGCAUGUCUUCUCUCCCGACUUCCAUUAUCCGGACCCAAAAACGAGCUCCUCACAACUACACCUAGGCAGGAUAACUCCCCAUCCGGUCUGACCAAUUCUCGAGGCCUUGAACUCAGUCAAUCUUUGUCCGACUUAACCCGAUCACUUUCGAAUCUAUCUGGGAUGGAUAUGCAGCGGUCGAUUUCGCCUCUCAGACGUGCGACCUAUUCAUCCCCGAUCUCUGGUUUGACUUGCAAAACACGGGACCCUGCGCUUAUCAACAAGACGCCAUCCGUAGCAGACACACUGGACAAGCUGACCAUUCCAUCAAACAUUGAGCUAACUGAGUUAACAAAGGCCGCACUGAACGCUGUGGUUGGUAAGGAUACCGCGUCAACAAUUACCCUUCCCUCACAAGACCGCAGUCUGGCCGCGUUGUACACCUACUGGUUAAUGACGACAGCCGAGUCACUGAACAACACUGCGGCAACAACACCACAACAACCUCCUAUCAAUCCAGCCAGAGCAACGUUUACUCAUCUGUUGGAACGUCUCGCAUCUGGGUCUGGUGAUAAUUCGAACUUAUUGAGUGGUGAUACCAGUGUGGUCCCAUCACGUCAAGCGACGGCUGCUAUUUCCACACCGUCGCAAGCUCCUUCACAACAAACACAACCUGCAGCACCACCUUUACAGACAAGUCAGCUCGGUCGUAGUGGUCAGGCCGAUACGUUAGAAGCAUUGAUAGCCAUGAUGAUGGGCGUGAACGGCAGUGGUACUGCAACUCUGAGUUUGACCACACCUGGAAACCAAUUGAAAUUAGCACCCGUCGUCCCUACGACAUUGGAGCCGAAGCUGACCUUCAGUUCUCCAAUGUCCGUCACUUUGACAGCUGCGCCAACCGUUUCACCGGUUGUUUCCUCUGUUCCUCCCGCACCACCCAACAGAGCAACCAAUCUACUAAAUCUGCUCGGGAGGCGCUUAUCUGGGGGCACUCCUCCAAACCUGACUGUUACGGAAAGCGCGCGACCUGAAAGACCAUUGUCUACAGGCCUCAAUGUGGGCAGUUGUGUACCCAUCUCCAAUCCAAAUAAGACGGUGGAGAGGCUUGAUGAGCCACCAAUGACGCGGUUGCGCAAACGAAAAGCAGGUGUAUCUUCACCAGAACUCACUGGAUCCCCUCGUCGACCACGAUGGGAGGAACAAAAUGGUGAUGCCGAUGGCAUCGACCAAUCCCUGUAUCCGCCCGGCGUGGAUAACCGCCCCAAUCCUGGUACGCAAUCCCGAGUUGAAUCUCCGGAGCCAAGUGCAGUUACUUCAUUUGAUGGGCCCAUUGUUUGCCAUUCAGCUAUGAACUCCGUGUUCGAGCUCACUCCUGACGUUAUCCGCACUUGCAACCUCAGCCGAUCAACACGUACAUCUAGUGCUAGCGUGUCGAAUGAAUUGGCGUCACGUGUCCUGUUCCUCACAGUCGAUUGGUUGAGCCGCUUCAAAUGCUUGAAACGAUUACCUAUCUGGGCGCAGCGUGAUCUGGUGGCCGUCUCUUGGUCCGAUUUAUUCGUCCUUGGUCUGUGUCAGACGUUUCAACAGCUCAAGCAAUUGGAGAAAGAUGAUCCGCCGGAUUCGAAAGCAGCGUCGAACCACUCUAUUUCCUCACCCGCUAUCGUCCUCAAACCGGAGGCGGAUUGUUCCCCACAGAAAAAACUCUGCCAGCCUAUCACCACGACAGGGAAGUCAGAACUCAACGGAAUUUCCGGUGAUGCCAAGUUGUUGGACUCUUCAGCGGAUCCACCAGAUACCUUUCAUUCAUCGGAUGCCGUGAGACCAUCAAAGGCACCUUCACCGUCAUCCGCCGUGGUCGAGCUGGUUGAUCGGUUACUAGUUCAGUUCGUUGAGGCCAACAUAAGUGCGGAUGAAUACAGCUAUCUACGCUGCAUGGUCGUUCUAGGUUCAGGUCACUUAUGUCUCGGUUUGAGAGAUAUCAAAUUGGCCCAGCAAGUCGCCGAACUUGAGUCACGUGUACUUAGCGAGUUUGCGGAAUUUCUCACAGUUCAGACAAGCGGAAAAGACAGGACAGAUUCCGGUGACAGCCCUACCAAAACCAUGGUACAACGCGGUCUGGUGCUCACUCAGCUUCUGUCUACUCUGCGAUAUUUGGAUCCGAAAGAUUUGGAGGAGGCGUUUUUCUCAAGUCUUCUUGGAUCCGUUUCCAUCGCGCAAGUUAUCCCGUUCCUGCUCCAGAGUGAACAACCUCUGGUCGGAACGUCACCGAUUCUUACUCAAUUACCUUUUCAAGUGAGCAGCUUCCCAUUAACCGGUAUCAAGACAUCGGUAGCCGCGACUAUAACAACCACAACAACUACCGACCCGAUACAAAAGCCAACGGAUCCCGUUCCACUCAGCCGGAUGUCUCCAGAUCAGCUUAGUACUGAUUCAGCAACCGGAUUAAUCGAGUCAUCCUCAUGCGUGUUGGAUAAACUACAGAAAGAACAACAGCAACAACAGAUGGCGAAGGAAUCACCCGUUUCGGCGAUGGACGCAGAAUCAUCUGUACAGGAGCAUUCUUCAUUGCCUAAAAUCUCAAUAGUUGAAGAGGACAGUUCCACGACCAACGGAGUACUAUCAGACGAGAUUGGGUGAUGAGGUAACAGCGUUGAAUUAACAUCCCUCGUCUGUCUGCAAAAAAAAUGCAACAAGUGCCAGACUGCGGGAGCCCCCAGGGUUACCUUGUCUUUCGUAUUUCCUGGCAUCACUCCAAGCGCCUUCAAAGACAGCGCCAUUUUUGUCGUGCCAUCUACUCUCCGGCAUGAACGGCGACAGAGGAUUCGGUUCACUACUCAUAUCUCGUCCCUCGUGACCAUUCCAGAAUACUAAAUAUGCAUUGAAACGCAUAGUUGUCCAGCCUUUGUCUCAGAUCUCGUCAUUAUCCAGACUGGAGCACGUGAGUAUCUUGGCGACAGUGCUCCCUUUCAGUUUCUGUGUUUGUGAUGAGUUCCAUAUCAUGUGCACUUGUUAUAUAAGAUCCAUACACUACCCUUCCUCCCCUUUGUCACCAGCGUGUCUGUGUGCGCGCCUCAGGUACAUGUGACCGAAACCUUUGGUUCCACUUCCCAGCCGUUGAGCAGUUUAGCUGUUUAAUUACCCUCAUGUUUAAACGACCUUACCGUAUCAGUUCACGUCCCGACAUGCUCCCUAGCCUCGAAUUAGUCAUUCCUGUUCUCUUUUUGAAUUUGGUGAACUGACGUUCUUCCUGAGAUUCUUGCUGAUCCAUUGACCUCCUGUUGUUACGUAAUGAUGUGUAUGAUUUACGUUUGUUUUUGAUGCGAAAACUUAGAGACAAACCUCUCUCUCACGAGAAUCAUGUGCACAAAUAGCCGUCCCUGCCCCUCCGCGGACGUUGCUUUCUUGUUUUUCGGCAAACUGACUUCGUAUCCCUCCCUACACUUGUUUUUGCUGACAUCCUGAGCGCCAUUAUGGGAUUUUGUGAUUACAACCUCUUUCUGGACGUUGGCUUCAACAACCGUUGUUUAACCACCAGUACAAUGCCAUAUUCUUUUAUCGAUGUUGUUUUCCUAUGCACGACCAACCCCUCUGUUUUAUCACCAUUGUUUUUUUCAUUUCUACGGUAUCAGCAUUCGCGCGAUAGACAAAGAAGUUAAUGUAUUCAAUUUGGAGGAUGCACGUAUUUGCACCGACUGACAGUUUUCUCUGUCCUUAUACAAGUAUGAGCGAGGUAUUUUUGCCAAAGAACGCAAGGGAUUCGUUCGGGAAAUUCAGUUAUUGCACGCUUUCAAGCAUAUCGCUGCCCUACAGCCUCUCGACGGGUCGAUGUUUGUUUUGUGUUCUCAUUUCAUACAGCAGCCGGGGAUGGGUGGCUGGUUUUCGGGCAACGCAUGCAUGGUACUUCAGGUAUCGCUUGUCCAUACUCCCUUCCUUUCAGUGACGCUCUCACCACCACUCGUCACAGGGUAGGCGGUUCUAAUGUUACAGGUAUUGUACAAAUUAUCAUGCAAAUAAACAGCUUCGUUGUUGUCUCUCAU